CUGAAGAGGAAGUUAAUGCUGAGAAGAUCUGUAAAUGAAUUAGUUGAUCGAGGCAUUUAUCCACCAUUAAAAACACCACCAGCCUAUGCUGAACAAAGAAAACAGUUAGAAAGGGCCAAGGUAAGAGAUCUGUUGCGACGUAAAAUACAACAAAGACCAGAUAGACAAUCAUUAGUACAACAACAUAUAUUAGAAGAUACAACCAUAGCACCGUCAUUACAAGAACGCCAGAGGUUAUUGAAAAAGUCAAAACUUAGUGAUGAGUUGAACGAGAAGUUAUCACAUCGUCCUGGACCUCUCGAUCUCAUCAAAGGCAAUAUUCUUCAAGCUGACAAUAAGAUGAUAGUUGAUGCCAUCAAAGGUAACAAUGGCUUGCAGAUGUAUGAUGAUGAUUAUUAUGGUUAG